AUGGCUGAUAUCUCUGUUCCCUUCUUUAUCGACGGCAAGGACGUUGUCGCGUUUGAUGUCUUUGACGUUACGAGUCCCUACGAUAAUAAGGUCUGCUGGACAGCUGCCGCCGGAACACCGAAGACUGCUGUAUGGGCAGUCGAGGCUGCCAAUGCCGCCUUCCCCGCAUGGUCCCAAACGAAGCCCACAGUUCGUCGCGAUAUCCUUCUCAAGACGGCAAAUGUGCUCGAAGAGCAGCUAGAUACAUAUGCUGGAUAUAUGAGGACUGAGAUGGGUGCGGACGCGGGGGCUUCGUCAGGCUUCGUCGUCCCACUGGCUAUCUCUAUGCUGCGGGAUAUCGCAAGUAGAAUCACUUCGAUUUGUGGAAGUGUUCCUGUUGUUGAGGCGGAGGGUCAAAGUGCAAUUGCCUUCAAAGAGCCUAUGGUGUCGCGAGGGCGGCGUAAGGUGGUUCUUGCGCUCACAGAAUACUGGCUACUUAGGAAUGCACCCUACGUCUUUGGUAUCCGGUCUGCUGCGUGUGCCUUGGCAACUGGAAAUACGACCGUCCUCAAGUCCUCCGAACUGACUCCACGUUGCUACUGGGCCAUUUGUCGCGCCUUUCGAGCUGCGGGGCUCCCCGACGGAUGUUUAAAUCUGAUAUCGUGUCGCCCAGAGGACGCAGCCGAAGUUGUCAAUGCGAUGAUUGAACAUCCGGCCGUACGAAAGAUAAAUUUCACUGGUAGCACAGCUGUUGGGCGAAAGAUUGCUCGUUCAUGCGGGCAAAACUUGAAGCCUUGCUUGAUGGAGCUUGGAGGGAAGAAUAGCUCGAUUGUGUGCGCAGACGCCGAUAUUCAGACAGCGCUCAGGGGCGUGCUUGCUGGAGCCUUUUUGAAUUCCGGACAGAUCUGCAUGGCAACAGACCGAAUCUUGGUCCACAAAUCAAUCGCUCCAGCCUUCACCAAGGCACUUCAAAAAGCUCUCACAGCCAAUCCCGAUGCCUCCGCACUCCCACCGACACUUGUCAACACCGCUUCGAAGGCCCGCGUGGAAGCUCUGAUCGCCAGCGCCGUGGCAGCAGGUGCGCACUUUAUCUCCGGGUCCGCGAAUAUGCAGGUGCCUUCUGGUGCAGGUGUCCACAUGGCCCCCGCAAUUCUGGGCGGCGUUAGAGAAGAUAUGGCAUUAUGGCAAGAGGAAUCAUUCGCGAGUGUGGCUGCGUUGAUGGUCUUCGAGACGGAGGACGAGGCGAUUCGGCUGGCAAAUGGGGGUGGGUAUGGACUGUCGGCAUCUGUAUUCACGGAAGAUUUACGCAAGGGCUUGGCUAUGGCCAAGCGCAUUCAAUCAGGUGCUGUUCACAUUAACUCCAUGACGAUCCACGACGAGCCGGUGUUACCGCAUGGAGGCGUGAAGAACAGCGGAUGGGGCAGAUUCAAUGCCGCAGAGGGAUUAAAUGAGUUCUUGGUGACGAAGAGCGUGACCUGGAUGAAUUGA